UUUAUCUGAUUCUCUUUUCGUCUGUAGAACCAAUCGAAAGACCACCUGACCAUAAAUAGAGUAAUAGACCAGAUCAGGAAUCUUUAAAGCCUCUAGGAGGGUGAUAAGUUUGAUAGGCAGACAUCAAAUUCCCCGUCACCCAGUAAAGUACAGCCAAACUAGGUCGCUAUUAGUUUCUUGUUGAUGACAUAAUUUGCUUAAUCCCAGAGCUGGAUUCACACACUCCGCCACUAUAAAAUUUGUUACUCCCCCCCUUCGUCGUGGUUGCUUUUAUCGUUCUCUCGUCUUGUCUUGGAAAGUUGAGUUUUGCUGCUGAGAUUUGACCAUGGGUAAUGCUUCUUCAAUGUUGACUCAAUAUGAUAUUGAGGAUGUCCAAGACCACUGUGACCAUCUCUUUGCACAGCAGGAAAUAGUGUCACUGUAUCAGAGGUUCUGCCAACUUGAUCGGAAUUCAAAGGGUUUUAUAUCAGCUGAUGAGUUUCUGUCUGUGCCAGAGUUCGCAAUGAAUCCACUCUCUCAGAGAUUACUUAAGAUGGUGGAUGGCUUGAACUUCAAGGACUUUGUGGCAUUUUUAUCAACUUUCAGUGCUAAAGCCAGCGUGGCACAGAAAAUUGAACUUAUCUUCAAAGUAUAUGAUUCUGAUUGCAACGGAAAGGUGACCUUUGAUGACAUGAUGGAAGUGCUUCGGGAUUUAACUGGAUCAUUCAUUUCUGACAAGCAAAGAGAGGAAGUGUUGAGCCAGGUCUUGCACGAGGCUGGUUAUACAAGGGACUCAUUACUGCUGUUGAAUGACUUCAUUAAGAUCAUGGACCACCCUGGUUUGAAGAUGGAGGUUGAAGUACCAAUUGACUAGUUACGCCUGUGAUUGAUAUCUCUGUGUACGCGUUUUGUUGAAUUCAUGCACCUGCAAUCUCUUGCCUUUUUUUUUUUUUUCCGUUUAUCUCCUUUUUUUUCUUUCUUCUCCCCCUCUCCCCCCUUCCCCCUUUUGUGGGGGCAGGGACAGAAACACAGAAACAACCGUGUAAUUAAGAUAAAAGCUUUCAGCUUAUUCAAAAAUCUUUUGAGUAUGCUAAAAUUCUCAUUUUUCACGAGUAGUUGUAUUUGUUUUAAGGUUGAGUCAAGCAGAGUUUUGUGUGCUUGAACCAAGUGUGGUGCUAUACAUAUUGAGCCAGUCGAGUGAACUGCAUACUGUACUUGAACAUGCUAACUGGCUAGCGAGGCCGGUUAACACACACAUACAUCUAAUUUCCAAUAAAUUGUUCUCCACUUAAAA